GUGGAUUUCGAAGCAUCUUUUCCUAGUCACCAAAAAUCACUUUAACCCCCUCACUUUACUCUUCUUCACUUCGUUUCUUCACAGUUUGAGUUUGUUUGAAUAUUGAGAGAGUUCUUAGAGAUCAGAUAGCUGCUGGGAAUUACUGCUCCGACGACGACGACGACAUGGCCGACGCAAAUUCUUCGAACUCAAAACCAGCUACCGGGCGGGAGACCAAAAUUGAAGAGAAGAAAGAGAAUAACCUUGAGGUGAAGGCCAUCAAGAUUUUGAGACCCGAUGAUAAGCAGAAGUCGUACACAAAAGAGGAGCUGUUUCGUGGCUUAAACAUUACUUUUGCAACAGGGAGGGAGCUUACGGAAUCAGAAGCCAAUUUCAUAUCUGAAAGCGUAAAUGCAGUUUUCCAUAGCCCACUGCAUUGGGGUUUUCCAGAAGAUGUGGUUAAUCAAUUCUGCGAGCGGUGCAACAGAACUGGGACUCUAUCUUGUUUCUCUCCCAGCUACCGCAAAUGGCUAUUAAAAUAUUCAAGAGAACUGGAAAACGAAGUGUGUUCAAAAUGUGGCGUGAAAGGACACAGGACUCAGGGUUGCCCGCUGCCACUCCGUCACAAAUGGCCUAAGAUUUCAACUCCCGUGCCAGCUUCUCUGCGACCAGCUCGAGCAGCUGCUGCUGCUGCUAGUAUCAGCAGGCCAUAUGGUCGUGUGGUGAAGAGAAGGAAAGCUCCGCGCUGCAGCCGCUGCGGUGAAACUGGCCAUAAUUGCAGGAGUUGCAGGAUUACCAGUAUGUGAAAACAUAUAUAUAUGAUGAAGAUCUGGAUAUCAAUAACAAAAAAUUACAUCAUUUUUUUGUUAUUUCUGAUCUCAGAUCAAAUACUUUUUGCUAAGAACUUUCUAAUCCACCCUUGUUUAUGUAGGAGUUUUAAGUUAAGUAUUUGUGUGUGCUUUGGGCAAAAAUUUAUGCUUUUCUUGGAAUUAAUUAACAAAUUUUUUUUUUCCC